GGAAACAACUUGUUGAUAAUUUAGGAUGACGUCGACAGCUUUGCGCAGCCGCAGCCCGGGAGGAGAAGAUGGUGCUUAUCAAGGAAUACCGUGUGAUCCUUCCGAUUUCUGUGCAAGAGUACCAAGUUGGCCAGUUGUUCACUGUAGCAGAGGCCAGUAAGAAUGAGACGGGGGGAGGAGAAGGCAUUGAGGUGCUAAUAAACGAACCCUACGAGGAGGAGGGGGAGAAGGGCCAGUAUACACACAAAGUCUACCAUCUAAAGAGUAAAGUCCCGGGCUGGCUGAGGUAUAUUGCACCAGAGGGAGCGUUAGUCUUUCACGAAAAAGCCUGGAAUGCCUAUCCAUACUGUCGCACCGUUAUAACGAACGAGUAUAUGAAAGACGACUUCCUGAUAAAGAUUGAGACGUGGCACAAACCUGACAUGGGAACCCUAGAAAAUGUCCAUGACUUGGAUGGUCCUACGUGGAAGACCGUUGAGGUGGUCCCCAUUGACAUCGCAGACAAAGAAGCUGUAGCCCACGGGGACUAUAAACCCGAGGAAGACCCAGCUCUGUUCAAAUCCACGAAGACGGGCAGAGGGCCUCUCUCACCAGAUUGGAAGAAUGAUCUUAUGAAUAAGCCGGACUGUCCUAAGAUGUGUGCCUACAAACUAGUCACUGUCAAGUUCAAAUGGUGGGGCCUCCAGACCAAAGUAGAGAACUUCAUCCACAAGCAAGAGAAGCGUAUCUUCACUAACUUCCAUCGCCAGUUGUUCUGUUGGAUUGACAACUGGGUGGAACUGACCAUGGCCGACAUCCGACGGAUGGAAGAGGAGACCAAGAAAGAGCUGGAAGAGCUGCGUAAGUCAGGUCAGGUUCGAGGCAUGAGUGCGGCUCACGAGCAGUGAGGUUGACCAACCAAACCCUUCUAUGAUGAUGACGUCACCAUGCCCACAGAGAAGAUGAAGUCAGCCGCUUUAUUUCCUGUCUCCCCUGAUUCAUAGGGGGGUUUGUCCUGAUUGGUCUACAGUACUGUAUCGAUCCCCAAUCACACGCCUCCUAUUCACACAGAAAAAGAACAGCGGUUUUGCAUUAAAUAAAAAAGAAAUAAAAACUUUGCACAGAAGGUAAAUUUAAAUUGCCUGUAAAUUGAAUUGGUAGUUGACUACAAGACUUUAUUUGUGUCCGGUGACACAGAAAGCCAAGCCUUUCGAACAGACUAGAAUGUUAUUUUACAGUUCUUGUAUGUAAUAACCCCACCCCCCGCCCCCCCAAAUUGGAAAACAAUUUAUCAAGCAGAUAUUGGACCAAUGUUUUUGUUUAAUAUUUUUUUCAAUGUCUCUUUUUCCCCCCCUGUGUGUUUUGUUCAUUGUUUGUUAUCCUGCCAUGGUUUUAGUUGAUUAAUAUGCUCGUUUCCCUCUGAAACUCCGGUCUGUAUAUAAACCCUUGUAGUUGUAGUGGUCAGCUCAAUUCCAGAAUGGUACCAUAUUCCAUGUAGUGCACUGCUUGUGUCCAGAGUGCUGCAUCUGAAUGUGGUGUUUGGGUGUAGAUGAAGCGCUUCAGCCCCCUGUCACUGUCCUUUCUGUCUGGCUGGUGGCUGGGGGGUGGCUGGUUGUUUGAUUUGACCCAGGCUCGUCCAUGCCUGUCGCUAUCUUGUGAAAUGUGUAAUGCUUCUGCAUGACUUGAUUAUUUGUUGCUAGCUUAGGCCGGGUUCCCACACACACUCACACUGCAUGUGCAGGCACCUCCGUACUUCCACUUAAGGUGAGUGCUGCAGCGAGAAGUUGGGGGGUGGGGGGGGUCUGUAAACAUGGCUACGGUGUGAGUGUUUUGUUUUGGUGGUCUCGCUGCUACCUGAUCCAGCCUGUUGUAAACUAGCCUAGUGUUGUGGCUGCAACUGGCCCUACUUUAACUCAGUCCUUUCAAGACCUCCAACCGAAAUUCCGAUUCAACGUCAGUUGGCCUUUUAAUGCAUUUCCUGAAUAGACAGAAUCGAAAUGGACUUGACCUCAACUGGUUUUAACUAAAGGGCUGGGCUGGGCUGUCCGUGGGCAAACAAGCUUCUAUUUUGCUAUACUGAUUAUACUGAGGAUCAUGUAGAGUGUGUAAUACAGUAAACGUUUUGGUAUAUCCCCCCUGGGCAAUUGUUCUGUCCAAGAAAGCGAAAAUCUGUUCUUUUAACUGAGAAAUUGUGAUUUGAGUGGUUUGGCAUACAUAUAUGAUUCCUGUUGUCGAGUGAUUUGUUGCUGUGUUAUUGCAUUACUCUGAUCAUGUUGUCAUUUCUAUGCGAAUGGUUUACGCUUUUAAACAUUAUCUUUUUAUUUUUGGCCCUCAGUGUUAGAAGAGUCCCUUUAUUUCAGAGCUGCUAGAUGGGCUGUAUCAAGUACCUGUAAUUCAGGUAUCCAUUGUACUCCGAUGGUCUAGAACAGGUAGAGAACGAAUCCCUCCUUGGUGCCCCUCUGCAUGUUAACCACAUCGAGGCGACAGCUGGAUUUUGGCACCUUUUUUAAAAUACUUUGACAUGUUUGAGAAACAUCCGAGUCCCUAUUCUGAGGGGGGACAGAAAGACACGGCCCUGGUGACCUAAGUCUAGAUAUCCUAUGGAAGCUAUUACUAGGUUAGUUGCACUACUCUACGGUUGACCUUCCUGUUAUUUCUUAUUGAUGGUUAGGAAGCAUGGUCAGGUUGUGACAACCUGUCUCUACUACUGUACUCCUAUAAAGGAAGUCCCUGUUCACUAUGUGGCCAACUGCUCCUGGCAGUACUGUGUAGUACAUAGGGUGUGUAUUAAGGUAUAUUGGUUGUGAUGCUCUUGUAAAGCUCAGUCAGAGCAUUGUGCUGUCCAGGGGCCUUCGUCCAUAUUUAAUCUAUUUUUCCGGGGAUCGCUAGGAUUAGCUUCCCCACUAAUAAUGGCUUUCAUCAGCACUCAUUUUUCUGCCCCUGUGAAUGUACAGUGUCUCUGUGGGAUAAUGCAUGUUUUUAAGUAAGCAAAGAAAAUAUUUUACAUUUACAGUGAAACGUUCUCCACUGUUAUUGGCAGCAGUAUUAACAGAUAAGGAAAUUUGAGGUGUCUAUAUCUACACUAUCUGAAAAUGUUCAUACAGUGUACUCCCAUUAUACUAUUCUAGAUGAACCCUUCUAGUGAGACACUGUUAAAAGUGAUAUGGAAAAAUUAUUUCUUUUUUUGUUUUUCUUGUCAUUUUAUUUUCAUGUUUUUAAUGUUUUGUCUUAGGUUUUAGCCAUUCCUUUUGGAUCUGUGUGUCAUUGUGUAUUGAGUGGGAGAGCUGCAGCAGGUGGUUUGACUCAUAACUGUCACAGGUGUGGUUUAGUCAUUCCUGGGGACGGCUCCCCGUGGGUUUGCUUUGUUCUGGCCCAGCACUAAUACAUCAUAUUCAAAUACUUCUCACCAAGCCACUGAUUUCAUGAAUAAUGUGCUACUGUUGUGCUGGAACAAAUGAGUAUCCCUCUGUGGAUCCCCCCCUCCCCAACCAUAUGGAUUGAAACACUGGCAUUAGGGACUGUCAUACUUUUGCUCUUGACAUCAUGAUGAAGCACUUGCUAAAUCUACUGUUUGAUUUUCUUUAAAAGAAAAAGAUUCAUGAUGCUUAAUGUCUCUAAGGUGAAAUUCAGGGGAAUUUAAUAGUGAAUGUAAAACAUUUUGUUUUAUCGUUUCACAGCUUCUAAGCUGUGACAAGGUCUAUAGACAAUGGAAUUUAACAAAAUAUCUAAUAAAACUGAACACAAAACUCAA